AGUGAGCCGCUUUCGGCAUUAUAAGUUCAGCAAGUGAUUGUUAGAGACAGUUCUGCUGUACAGUGCGCGCAGUAAGCUUGUUUAAUUUUCUCAGAUGUUCUUCCGACACUUGAUCGAGUGUUCUGUGUGAAAUAGAGAUAUACGGAGCCUCUUGCGUUGAGAUCACAUUAACGAAAUUUUUGCGAAGAAAACCGGUUUGAUCGACUGACAUUGACGCGUCGGCGCGAUAACAUCGAUGUAAUUUCGAUGUAAUAGUCGAUAUUUAUCUACAAAUUGACGAGUUAACUUUAAAUUAGUUGGGAAUAAUUAGUUGGGAGACGACAAGUAACAUGAUAUUGUACGUCAUCUCUUGCACAAAGUUGCUUUGCUUAGCCGCGACUGUCGCGUUGGGAGGUGCGGUUCUGCUGUUGGUAGGUCUCUAUUUUUACAAUUGCUUCACCCGAGGAGUCUGUAAGAGCAAAAACCGGAUGGACGGAAAAACGGUAAUAAUUACUGGAUGCACUUCUGGAAUUGGCAAAGAGACCGCCAGGAACCUUGCCAAGAGAGGUGCGAAGGUCAUCAUGGCAUGUAGAAACACGGACAACGCUAAUCAGCUGAAAGAUGAAAUUGUGAAAGAAACGAGCAACAGCAAUAUCGUGGUUCACAAAUUGGAUCUGUCAUCGUUGCAAUCGAUCAGAGAGUUUGCACGGCAGAUCAAUCGAGAAGAGACCAGAUUAGACGUUUUGAUUCACAACGCUGGCACCGCAGAAACUUUCCAGAAGAAGCUCACGGAAGAUGGAUUAGAAAUGACUAUGGGCACCAACCACUUCGGGCCCUUUCUAUUGACUCAUCUCUUAAUCGACUUACUGAAACGAUCAAAACCGAGUCGUAUCGUGGUCGUCGCAUCAGAGCUCUAUCGGAUUGCGCGCUUAAAUCUCAACAACAUCAAUCCUACGUCAACUUUCCCAGCGUAUCUGUACUACGUGUCAAAAUACGCGAACAUAGUUUUCACGUUGGAACUGGCGCGACGGCUGGAAGGCACCGGAGUGACUGCGAACUGCCUGCAUCCCGGAAUGAUAGACAGCGGAAUCUGGCGAAAUGUGCCUGCCCCCUUAUCUUGGUUCCUGACUCUUAUAAUCAAAGCCUUCUUUAAGACACCCGAGCAAGGCGCACAAACGACUAUUCAUCUCGCUGUGUCCGAGGAACUAAACGGCGUCUCCGGAAAAUACUUCAUGGAUUGUGCCGAACAUAGAUUAUCGAACGGUGUGAAGGAGCCCUCCAAAGGCAAGAAACUGUGGGAGUUGAGCGAACCUUUAGUGAAGCUGCAACUAUCGGACCCGAAGAUUUAAGCGUCUUUAUACGUGUAUGUGUAUAUGUGUGUGCAUUUUUUUAGAAACUUUCAUAAUAUUCCUGUCUUCUCUCUUCACGUAGUGGUAGUUUUGUACUUAAAACUUUGACGUUACUUUCCUAAGUCGCCGAUGUUGUCUCAGUGAAAUGUAGAACUUGAAUUAGAGCCUAGUAAACUUGCGCAGAAGUUGUAUAACUUCAAACUCGAUUAUAGCUUGUUGUAAUGACAUUUUGUCUUCUUUCCUGCUUGGUACAUUUAUCAAAUAGUAUAAAAACUAAGUGAGUCAAGUAAUGAUGAGAAGUCACAUUCUUCUCAUUACGGGAAAUGGUAUUACGCAUAAAAAUACUUUGUAUAAAAAUCUCGAAUGAUAUAAAAAUACUUUGUA